GACCAAUGACAACAAAUGAGCUACUCUAAGGGGGUCGAGGAGGCAAAGGAAGAGCCUGGUCUGAGUAUUCAGAGCUCAUUUACCCGCUGGCGGGACAACAAACAACACAACAAGCCCCACACCUACACUUCCCACCUGGGCUUGGGCGUGAUGGAGCUGGGCCCAGCAACAGCAGCAGGAGGAUCGGGUGAGGAUGGCCACGCCCUCCUGGCUCGCUUCGAGCGAGCGCUGCGGCUGGUCGUACGUGAUCUCCACGUUGAUGUUGCUGCUUUCAAGCGGGUCGUUGAGCAGCGUCUGGACGAAGCCUGCAAAGAUGCGGAACCCCUGGCCAACACGGUUGCCAAGCUCCAGGAAGAGAACCAGCAGCUGAAGGAGAGGCUAGAGGCUCUUGCACGACUGGUGGAAACCCUGCCUGGCACACAGAUCCCAGCAAGUUUCCAAAAGAGCCUUGAUGAUCUCCAGCCUCUCCAAACCAGCCAAGUCCAAGCCCAAGCCCAAGGCCAAACCCAGAGCCAGGGGGGUCAAAGCUGCUUCCCAGGAACAGCAUCCCCCAUAGAAGAAGGUGCGAUGGAUGACCAGAACAGCACCUACUCGGCCUCUGGAUCUGUGUGUGUGGAUUCGGUAUCUACCUCCUCCAGGAGCUCCACUUCUGCAUCCACUGUUAUCAUGGAUACCAGUUAUCAGGCCAGUCUGAUAAGCAGAAAGGAAGAGGAGCAGGAGGAGGUGGAGGUGGAAGAAGAAGAGAAGCAAGACCCUUUAACUUCAGCUGGGCUGGAGAAUAAACCUGAAAAAGAGCAAGAAUCAGAGGAAGUGGUGCCACUGGUCAGGAGCGAGCUUGCAGACUCUCUAACCAUGACACCCCCUCAACAACUACCUCUUAACACAGUGCCUAGACCUGAGUCACCUGUAGGAAGCGAAUAUUCAGGAUACUCUGGAUAUUCUGGAUACUCUUCAGUGUCAACAUCGGUAGGCAUGACUCCCAGACAGCGCCCUGUGACUGCAAUGAGCAGAGCGAGAGAUCUAGCUGUUCAUAUGAGAUCCAAAUCACACACGACUACCAGUGAUAAUCGUGCCCAGACUACUCUGACCAGCCAAAGCCUUGCACAGUCUUCCACAACGCUGAUGUUCAACCAGUCAGCUUCAGAUAUGCCUACAAGGAAUACAGUCAUAGAAUCUGCCCUGGCAACUGAGAGCCAGGAAAUGAAGUCAUCAACCAGCAGCCAAACUAUGUCCACUGUUUCAGUAGCAGGGCCCCAAACAUCUCAAGGUCCAUUAAGCCCCAGGUCUCUGAAGACUUGGAGGACACAAACCAACCUGAGCUCUACUCUUAACAAGACCAUACCACCACCAGUUCAGUUUAGCCAAUCAGCUACAGAGAAGUCUUUGGAAGGGCUGGAAGUAAAGUCAGAGAAAAACAGCCAGCAGACACCAGAUGCUACCUUGGCAACAACAGUGCAACCGUUUGGUGAUAUGACUGAUCCCAUAGGCCAAAGGUACUCAAGAACAUCAAUGAACCUGAGCUCUACAACGAACAUGAUGCAACAGCAAACAGAGAUUGAUCAAUCAACAUCUGAGAACCUCACACCAAAGGCAGUUACAGGAAUGUCUACCUUUGUUAAUGAAAACACCCUGGAGUCCCACGAAAAAAAGUCUAAGGUCAGCUUUCUGGAAAAUGGCCCUGCAAUGAGUCUUAAAUCUGCACAAGCAACCAAUCAAAGCGCUCUGAAACAGUCAGUAUCAUUCAGCGAGGCACCAUCAGAUACAUCUGCAAGUGAUCAUCAUGUCACCCCUUUCACUAUUAAACAGCCUGACAGUGCCACAACCAAAUUAUCAGAUUCUUCCUUUAAAACCGAACGCGUACUGUCAUCACAAGUAAUCAGGCCGACAGUCAACGUUCAGUCAGACUUGAUAACCAUGACAAUACCACAGCAACCGGUCAGCACUAUGACUGUACCAAUGAGCCCCAAAUCUCUGAGAUCCACCAACCAAAGCCCUACUCCAUUUAAAUCAACAUCUAGAGUCUCACCUGUGGUUAUGAGACAGCCAACAACUUUUGGCCAAACAGCUUCUGAAUCCAGUGGAUCUGUAAGCAGCCACCAUGUUGCUCCCUUCUCUGUGACUUCUCAGGUGGCUGCCUCUUCUACAAGAACUUUUGGGCCCUCCUUUAGAGAUGAUCAUUCUCGAGCAGCCAGAUCAAUCGCUCAACAGGAAGAUUCAGUUGCUGUAACUCCACCACAACAACAACCUCUAAGCACUAUGACUGUUCCUAUGAGCCCCAAUUCGCUGAGAUCAACCAACCAAAGCCCGACUCCAUUCAAAUCAGCAUCAACACCAAGACCAGCUGUCGGGUCACAACUUAGAUCUGAUAACUCUUCAGGUUCUGAUAAAUCCACCUUCAGUAACGUGUAUCAAGAGUCUCCCACCACGGCUACUCCUCAGUCUCCUGUGUCCUCCAUGACGCGAAUAAGCCCUCAGAUACCCAGAAGACUGAUGACUUACCACCCUACCCAGAACUCAGCUACCACUUUCAGUCGUGCCCAAUCUGUUAUUCAGCUCUCAGCAGCCGAACUAAACAGUGCACAGUCUUCGAAUAUAACCUCACAGCUCAGCCGAGCUCAGUACUCAGCUUUACCACCAACCACAACCCAAUAUGCUUCUCCAGCUCAACAGGAAGCGAAGUCAAGUGUGGGCAACCCACCUGCAGUCUCUCGUACUUUCUCACAGCCUCAGCUGUCCAUUGGUUCCCUAAGCAGACGUGCAGAGUCUCCAUCUGGAAGUGAAUACUCUGGCUACUCUUCAGUGUAUUCCUCCAUGUCUCAGGAAGUGAGGCCAUCAGUAAACAGUCAGCAUGUGACUUCUGGCCAGCCUUCUGCAGCUGCUAUAACUCGCAUGAGCCCCAGAACUCACAGGAGGCCAGCCAAACCUGACAAAGCACUGUCUUCUUCAUCAUCACAGAUGGAUGUCUCUCCAGCAUCACAGGACGUGGGGUCACUGGGGAUGCCUCGCGUCUUCUCACAGCCUCAGCUGAAUUCUCGUGCUAGACGCGCAGAAUCGCCUUCUGGAAGUGAAUACUCGGGAUACUCCUCGGUUUACUCCACACUGUCACAGGAAGUGGGUUCAGUUGUAGAUGGUCAACGUAACUGUGUGUCCGUAACCACAGCAACACCCCAAGCUCCUGUCACUUCUAUGACCCGCAUGAGCCCUAAGCCUUUCAGGAGACCAGCCGUUCCCAGCCCCGCUCUGCCUAACCCCUCCCCUCCACUAAAGUCGAAGGUUUUUGGCCAAUCAACACCAAGCACUAACUCACAUCCACCGAUCACUGAACUUCCAACUAAGUCUGGCAGCUCCAUUAUGUCACGGGAAGUGAAGUCAUUAAUCAACAGCCAGUAUACAUCCAUGUCAACACCUCAGCUGACCGGCACACAUAUCUCCCAAGACAACCAAGUCCCACGAGGCCCCAAGUCCUUCAGUAGGCCAACCAACCUUACUCAAGCUCAACUUGGUUCCACACCUCAUUUCAACCCUUUGCUUUUCAGUCAGUUGGCGUCAGACGCAGCUCCUAAACCAAGCACAGAGUCUCCCAGCAGACCUGUGUCUGCGGUGAAGCCAUGGACCUCUAGCCAGAAGAUAAAUACAAGUUUAUCCCGCCCUUCUGACAAGACUUUAACCUUUUCCAAGUCAGCUUCUUUCUCUGAUUCAAAAGAAGUCAGUGAAAACUUCAUGAAGAAGACCAUCAGUGUGACUGCAGGGAGGAGUUUGGCGAAGUCACAGACGCUGCCAAGGAACAUGGGUGUCCUGGGAAAGCAGGCCUUGUUUGAAAGAAUGGAUUCUGAGCUUAGCAGGACUAAGACUGCUGAAUCAAAGCCUAAACUGAAACGAUCUCAAAGCUGUGACACAUCCAGCGCCAACAGCAUCAAGCAGCUUCUGUUGGAGUGGUGCCGUUCCAAAACCAUUGGCUACCAGCACAUAAACAUUAAUAACUUCUCCUCCAGCUGGAUUGAUGGAAUGGCCUUCUGUGCUCUGGUCCACUCUUUCUUCCCCAAUGAGUUUGACUACAGUGAACUGAACCCUGCUCACCAUAAACACAACCUCGAUCUAGCCUUCACCACUGCUGAGGAGAAGGCAGAUUGCAUUCGCCUGAUUGAAGUGGACGACAUGAUGGCCAUGGGACAGAACCCUGACCCCAUGUGUGUGUUUACGUAUGUGCAGUCCCUGUACAACCACCUCAAGAGAUUUGAGUGACCGUCGACAGGACUGGGGCUUUUAGACUGAAAACCAGCAUUUUUAUAUGAUUUCUUUUAUUUGAUCUCUUCUUUCUGCCUUUUUUGUGAACUGCUCAGUUGAAAAUGAAGUUGUUGCAGUUGCUGAAUUAGCUUUAGGUCACUGUCCAUCAACUUGAGUAUGGAAACUGAAUUAAUAUUAUAUGUCAUGUUAUUUGCACAUCGACUGUAGCUCUACUGCUCAGCCUCUUGUAAUCUUUUGUAUUGUUGCAGCAUGAAACCGAGUGGUGCAGCAUAGAUGAUGUUAAAGAUUAGUGUAGUAAAGGGGAAGCCCUCUGAUUUUUCAAAAUUUCUGCAUAGUUUACUGGUUGAAAUGUGAACAAAGGCAUUCAAAGUGGUUUGACAUGAAGUGGUUUGUUUGUCGAGAAACGUACCAACUCUGAUUUCUUUACAGUGGUGCUGAUAGGAACCAGAGGUCACAGUGUCUACUGCACAAAUUAUUUACUAUCCAAAACUGACCAGUGAACCCACACAUGCUUUCCAGUUUUUAUAUGUAACAUUUAUAAUUGUAAAAUGGUGGUAAAUCGUCAAAAAAUAUAUUUUCUAAAAUAUUUCUUUCGGGGGUAUUUUGCCUUACCCCUCCACCAUGAUUUUUUAAAAGUUUUAAGCCAAAACAUUAUCUCAAAACUGUAUAAGAAUAAUAUCUAAUGGAUCAGACAGUGUAACCAUUUCAUGUAAUAGCUUUCUAUGAGGUAGUUUUGAGAGGCAUAAAAGGCUUCGGACGUCUGGUUCCUAUCACCACCACUGUGAACAAUUCUGACUCUGCAAGUUUCUCCAGACUUUCACACUAACAUUUCACAUCAAACCAUUCUGAAUGCCUUUGUUGACAUCUUAACCAUUUAUUUGUGCUUUCUGAAAAAUUGGCAGAAUUCCCCUUUAACCUAUUAAAAUCCCAGGUUUAUUACAUACUAAGGCUCAUUAUGCAAUAACUACAGGGACUUCAGUGCAAACUGGCUGAGCUAUUCUUAGGUUAUAGAAGUGUGUAAUGAAACUUUGGUGGCCAUUUAAGGGGUUGAUGCCCAAAGCAGGAGAAAUACAUACAUGUUUUCACAUGAUUCUCACAUUAGUGUGUGCUGUCAGAUGCAUAUUAGGGAAGAACAGACUCUUGAGCAACACAAAAGGCCUAUAAGCCAUGGGAGAGGCAUAUACUGUAGCCAUGGCAACAGCUGUGUUUGGAAUAAAACAUUAGUUUAACCCAAAAGAUGCUCUGUAAAAAUGUCCACUGAUCCCAGUGCAUAGCAUUACAAUAGCAGAGCUGACUGAGAGACAGGUAGAUACGUGCGCUGCUUGGUUUUACAGGUCUUUCACAUUAAGGCUUAUAAGGUUUUACACUGAGUACUACAGUACAGUAUAAUGAGAUUGUGAGCAGGACUGUUUAUCAGAAAGGUGAAGAAAAGGUCAGCGUGUGUCCCUCAGAUGAAAAAGGGACGUGUGUGUGUAUUGAAAGGGAGUUGUUGUCGGGAAGGGGGGGGAUUAUCAGCAGCUUCAUGGGGUUUUGGAAGAAAUUGUGUGGGGCAGGUUGUGUAUUAAGUGUGGACCUGAAGAUGUAGCUGCAAAUUCCUUUUGUCUCCGUUGUGAAGGGCGACGCUGGGGCAGACUGGAUGAUUGCUCAUGGCUAAUCGUUUUAGUAGAAUUCAGCAGUGAAAAUGAGACAGUUAUAGCUGAGCUUAACUUAAAGGUAGUAACCUGGCUGCUUUAAAGUUUUGAGGAUGUAUUUAAGGGCUGGGAGAGUGAGCAGUCUUAGUAAAUGCACGAAACUGAGAAAUAUUGGGAUGGUCAUUGUCCUACAAGAGUUAAAACAUUGUUAUUUUACUGCAACGAAAGUGCACAAGGCUGAAUAUUGGUGGAGAACAAAGCUGAUCAUUUCUGUUUCUGAACAUUCUUUGAAAUGUUGAUAAAAUAAUCGCAUAAAUAAAGUGAAUAAAUGAAUGAAUGAA